AUGUCACUGGAAACGUUUCAAGUCAGAAUUGGUGAAGCUGAAGCAAAGACCAAUGAUCUUAAAGCAUCAUUUGAGAAUCUGUGGGGUAUGGUAAAGAUGCCCCAGGAUGCAUCAAGCAGCACUGUUCGUGACACUAGAGGGCUUUCCGGUUUGAUAGCGGUAGAUGGGAUUAAUUUAUCUGCUGAAGGAAGCAAAAUAGUGGUGGAAGAGAUACUGAAGGUACUGAGGGAAGCUGACUGGAAGGCAAGCUUACACUGGAAAUCCAUGCCAUUAGAAUUUGCAGAGGAUUCACCAUAUGAUCUUGUUGCUGCCGAUGGAAAGACAACAUUAAAUCCCUCCAGCUGGACAUUUUAUAGGGAGUCUGUCCUGGAGAAGGCAGGGAGCAUUGUACGGAAAGUGGGAUCUUUUCUGAAAAUGUCAAGUUACUAUGACAUUGAUGAUAUUCUUGUGGAGGAACAGGUUAAUUCCCCAUGUCCCAGUGUUUCCAAGCAAGCAGUAAAUGGGGUUGAUAUUGAUCCUAGUGCUGAAACCCAUUGUGUUGAACCCGGUUCAAAGGUAGAGCUGCCUUACUGGCUUGCCCAUGAGUUACACCUCAGAAAAGUAGCAAAGAUGAAGGUUCCUGCAUGUUUCAAUCAAAGAACAAAACUGGAACUUGGGGCUGAUGGUGCAUCUGUGGAUUUAAGAUCUCGAUGUCUAUACUUCUAUGAAUUUGGAUGCAAGAUAGCACCGCUGGUUGGUGAUAGAGACGUGGGAUCAUUCCUAUUAUCUGCAUUUAGGACCAGGUAUCAGAAAAUCCUGGCAAAGGCACAUAACGCAUCAUUUACAGCAUAUUCAAAAUUGCUGUCGUACUUAACAAAAGAAGAAACCAAUCUGUAUGAGGCAGCUCAGUCGUCAAUGGCGGCCUAUAAGAAGUGGCGGAUAGGUGGCCCCCGAUUUGAGAGAGCUUCUGUACUUGGGAGGAAGAGGAAGGAAGCCAACUGA